AGCGGCGGCGAUGGAGGUGGACGCGGAUCUGGGAAUUGGUCAUGGCCCCGGAGCCGGUGAUCCCGGGCCUGACGGCAGGCGAGCACCCGGGGAUGUGGAGCCCCAGCUUACGGUCACGGUAGAGCCGAGGCCUCCUGUCCCAGCUUCUCCAUCCCCUGCAGCAUCUCCAGCGCAGUCCCCGGCCCCAGCUCCGGCUCCGGGCAGCCAGCGGCUCCUGUUUGUGGAUGACCUGGUGUCGGGCACCUACAAGGGGGCCUUGAGGCACGGCAUCGUCGGCCUGAUCCACGGUGAAGUCAGCAGCGGCGAGAGCUCGGACACGGACGAAGAGGGCACCGGCCGGGAGCGGCCUCUCAAGAAGGGCUAUGUCCGGGUGCAGUGGUACCCAGAGGGUGGCAAGCAGGACGUGAAGGAAAUCAAGCUGAAGCUCGAAGACCGUUCACUGAUGCCACGUGACCUGGUUCGACGUAUGGGAAAAAAUGCUGAUAAUCAAUGUGGAACAGUGAUUGAUGUGAAUAUGGAGUGCACCUUGAAGAUUCUGGGAACAAAUUACAUUCUUCAUCCAGUCAACAGCAGAGACUUGCAGCAUAUUUGGCCAUUUGUCUAUGGUGAUUAUAUAGCCUUUGAUUGCUGGCUAGGGAAGGUUGACAACAUUGUGGCCCAGCUUAUCCUAAAACUAUCAAACGGAGCCAGAUGCUCAAUGAGUACCAGUGAUGGCAGUAAGCUUGUUGAUCUUUGUCCCCAUGUCAGUGACUCGGGGCAGUUCUUCGAUGAAUCCUAUGGGUUUUAUCCAGGACAGAUGUUGUUUGGAGCAGCUAAAGUUUUCUCCAACGUCCAAUGGCUCUCUGGUGUUCGACCUGUACUGAGCAAAAAGAGCAAGUUUAAGGCGGUAGUUGAAGAGGUGCAAGUGGUGGAGCUUCGAGUUUCCUGGAUAACAAAGAGCUUUUGUCUUGGUGGAAGUGAGAGUGUUUAUCCUCCAUCUCCAGUUAUCACACAUGACAAUUUGCCCAGGGUGAAACGCUUGAACUGUUAUGACCAUGCUCGCAUGGUCCUGGCAGAACGGGCUGUAUAUGUGCUCCCGGGAGAUCCUGAAUGUUCGGCUAUUUCUUCGGAGGGUCCAGAAGGAAAUUCCAUCAUUGCUGUGAAUUCUGUUGUCAGAAAGGUUAAACGCCUUUUUGACAAGGAGAAGGUUAAAAACAUCUUGAAUAAUUUGGAUACCCGUGAAAUGGAUCAUUCUGACAAGUUUGCAGUUGCCUUGGGUGAUGGCUCUGUCAUGGUCACCUCAAAUGUUUUUGGGAUCGGUAGCUCUAAAUCGAACUUAGGUUGGGAGGGCACGCCUCAACUUGCCAUAGGAUUGAAAUCCCAGCCUGUAAAUGGGACUGUAGAGAAGGAAUCUGUUCUGAGCAAUGGCCCCGUUUUCACUAAUGAUGAUGCUCCGACUCAGUUGGAACAAAGAGUAAAAGAGGAAAACUGGAAGGAAAUGGGUCAGUCUCCAGUGAUACUAGGUGAAGACUUACUGGAGAGUAGACAGACUCUAAAGGCACAGCUGGCAGAACAGGAUGCAGAUGAUGAAGGUGCUGAAGAUACUGAUGAAACCAGUUCCAUUUCUUCUUCUGCAAGUUCAACUGCAUCAUCACAAAGUGGUGGACAUGGGCGUAAAAAAAGUAUCCCACUUUCUAUAAAAAACUUGAAGAAGAAACACAAGAAGAAAAAGAACAAGCCUUCCCGUGAAUUCAAACCAGGUGACAGAAUUGCUGUUGAGAUUCUGAAAACCAGCACCAGUGUGGAUGUGAUGUGGCAGGAUGGUACAGUGGAGAAAGAUAUUCGAUCCAAUGACUUGCUGCCAGUUCAUCACGUGGACAAUAACGAGUUCUGCCCUGGAGACUUUGUGCUGGAUAAACGUGCUCAAGGACCUCAGGAUGUUGGCGUGUAUGGAGUUGUGCAGUCUGUUGACCACAUUGGACGGACAUGCUCAGUGAAAUGGUUCAAACCAAAGGCAAAUGGCACAGAGAUAGAGAUGCUGGGAUGCGAGGAAGAUAUUAGUGUUUAUGACAUUGCUGAUCAUCCGGAUUUCCAUUUCCGCAUCACUGAUAUCGUAAUCCGCAUUGGGAAUGUUGAGGAAGGGCGAACACUGCUGAACGACAAUGAGGAACCUUCUGUCGGUCAGGUGUCGCGUGUUGAUAUUAGUGGGAAGGUUGAAGUGGUCUGGGCGGAUAACUCCAAAUCCAGCAUACUGCCUCAGCAUCUGUAUAAUGUUGAGUCUGACAUUGAAGAAUCUGACCUGGAUUCUUUGGAUGGCACCUCUACUGGAGCAACAUCUGAUGAAUGGGAAGAUGACAGUGAUAGUUGGGAAACAGAUGAUGGUGUGACUGAAGAUGAAAUUGUAAAGGGAAGUGAAGCGCUUGAAGUUGGAAUAGAGGUUACAGCACAAUCGGAAGAGAGUAAGACUGAAUCGGAGCAGGCUCAGGUUGCUGGAGCAACUUCAAGUAGCGCAAAUCUUGAGAAAGUUGCAAAGGAUGGUUCUCCCAAAGGUUUUCAUGAGAUAAAAGAAGCAAUCAAGAUUUUGGAAAGUCUAAAGAAUAUGACAGUAGAACAGCUGAUGACCGGCUCUGCUACUUCCCCAACAGUAGAGCCAGAAAAGCAAACGAAAGAUAAGAAAUUCAGAGAUGAUAUCAAGAAACUGCAGGAAACUCUUCAGAAGACACUGGACAACGUGGCCAUUGUGGAGGAAGAGAAGAUGGAGGCUGUUGUGGAAACUGAGAAUAAAGAAGAAAAGCUUGAGAUGCAGACUCCAAUCAAAUCAGAGUGGUCCAGUGAUACGCCUGUACUUUGUCAACAGAGCAGUAAGCCUGGUGUGACUUUCACGAGUGCAAAAGGAGAAGUCUUCUCAGUGUUGGAGUCAGUGCCUGAGAGCCAUGCAUUCAAAAAAAUGGAAUUUCAACCAGCAGAUUCAAAAAAGUUUUUCAAUACAGUGAGGAAAGAGAUGGCACUACUUGCUACAGCACUUCCUGAUGGCAUCAUGGUGAAAACCUUUGAGGAUAGAAUGGAUUUGUUCUCUGCUUUGAUCAAAGGCCCAACACGUACUCCCUAUGAUGAUGGGUUGUUUCUCUUUGAUAUCCAGCUUCCCAAUGUUUAUCCUGCAGUUCCACCGCUUUUCCGUUAUAUUUCUCAAUGCAGCGGCCGUCUCAAUCCUAACCUGUAUGAUAAUGGCAAAGUCUGCGUGAGUCUGCUGGGCACCUGGAUUGGAAAGGGAACUGAGAGGUGGACAAGUAAAUCCAGUCUCUUGCAAGUGCUGAUAUCGAUCCAAGGUCUGAUCCUAGUGAAUGAACCCUAUUAUAAUGAGGCUGGAUUUGACAGUGACCGUGGUCUUCAGGAGGGUUAUGAGAAUAGUCGUUGUUACAAUGAGAUGGCCCUUAUAAAACUGGUGCAAUCUAUGACUCAGCUCAUUCAGAAACCUGUGGAAAUUUUUGAACAAGAAAUAAAAGAGCACUUCUACACCAAUGGGUGGCGACUUGUCUACAGAAUGGAGUCUUGGCUGGAAGUCAAUGAAAUGAUCCAAAGAAGCAUUGAACUUGGCAAUAAUGCUGACGAUGAGUCUAUUCAGAUCUCCUCUGAUACGGCAGACAGUCGAAUGGAUGGUCUGUCUCCAUCUGCAGCACAAAGUGUUGUUGAAUCUGCUCAAGCUGUUAGGGAGCCUGGGAUAGAAAAUUCUGAAGAUCAUGUGAGUAGUAAGCCACAGACGACGUUAGCAGAAGCAGGUUCAGAUGAAAAUAUCUGUCUGGAGACUGAUUCUACUGAACAGCAACCUACUGAAGCUUGCUCCCUAACUCUGGAGCAGAAGGGAUCGUCAUCACAAGCUAUUGUCAGGCCAAAAAAAAGGCGAAAGAGUUAUAGGAGCUUCCUUCCAGAGAAACGUGGUUACCCUGACAUAGGUUUCCCACUCUUUCCCCUCUCCAAAGGGUUUGUAAAAAGCAUCUGUGGCUGCCUGCAGCAGUACAAGGCUACCUUAAUUGAGUCUGGAAUUCCAGAGAAAAGAGAGGAGAGAUGAGCACCGAAGCUAUGCUACAGGUUUACAAAGUUUUCUAGACUUUUGAUAAUUGUGUAAUAUUAAAGCAAAGAGUCAUGAGCAAAUCAAGGCUGCUCACUUUUUGUAUAUGGAUUGGAGUAAGAUGAAUUAACAUCAUGUCAGGGGAAAAGAAAGCCCAGCCUGAGCAUUUUAAAGCAUGAUACAUAAGGUGAACUGCAUCUCUGGCCUUAGAAUGGCUGCAAACUGAUGCCCAUAAAAGAUGUAAAAAUUACUUGAAUGUUUCACUCAAUAACAUUAAAUCUGAAUUUGUAGCUUGAGAUGUAUACAGUAUUUAAUCCAGAUUUAAAUGUCUACAGGUGUGGGCUUGAUUUAAGUUCCGAAUGCUUGAUUGCUUCAUUCAUGUAGAAAAUGUUCUUGAGUGCGUUUUUUUUAAUUUAUUUUCAGUUGCCUUAUGCCAGUGUAAUAUACAACUUUACGAUUAAAUUUAAUUACAAUGAAACAAUGUCACUGGCUAAGGGAUUUCACAUCUUGGCUUCAUUCAGUACUAUGUCUACAGAUACUGCCCAGUAAUAGCAAAAUAAAACAAAGUAUGCUGAGUUGGCCGUGCAUCUAACUCCGUUAACUGCACUGACAGAACCCAUGUCGAAUAAAGGAAAGCAGCUCUAUGUAACAUGCAUUUUGGUCAUUGAAAGUAUAAUGUUUUGAUUUGUAAAAUUCUCAAUAUUUCUCU